AUGUCAAAUGCUUUGCGAGCUUCUCAUCUGUCUUCACUCACAACAACAACAGCAGAGCAACCUUCUACAUUUGAUAUUAUAUCACAAGAGUCUCUAACCAAAUCACUCAAACCUGCUCUGGGUCAUCUUCUCAAGUUCCUCAGCUUAACUAAACCCCAAAAGUUCCGGACGGCAUAUCGCUAUUAUGAAGAGUUAUAUCUGAUAUUUGAUUUCUUACUUCAAUCUCAUUAUCUACGUCAUUAUGGAGGAACUUUCUCUGAAAACUUCUAUUCAAUGAAGAGAACUGGUGACACUACUCUUCAACCUCCCAGUAGUGGCAUGGCAUUUGCUAAAUCACUGGCAAUUACCUCGUUAUGGCCUUAUUUGAGCGAUAAGCUUGAUGCUAUUCAUAAGCGCUUGAAGGAUGAACUGCAGCUCCCACACUUAUCCACCUCAUCCGAGGCAGUCAAAAAAGCCAAAAAGAUGUUUGUUGCUUUGUGGCCUUGGAUUAAGCGAAUUCUCUCAAUAGCCACAACAAUUAUGCAAAUUUUGUACAUGAUCAACAGGAGUCGUUUCAAUUCUCCUCUUCUGUAUCUCGCAGGUGUUCGUUUGGAGAAACUCACACCUGAAGACAUAGCAAACUUCGAAUCGAUCCCUCUUCAUUUGCAGGGAACGGGUAUCCUUAGUCGUCUGUACCGGUUCAUUCUCAGUUUACCGGGUGUUUUCUCCAGAAUAUUCGGCUAUUGCUUGUUUUUCGUCCAAUUUAUCGACUACAUUUAUAGCGGAGACUUUAAUUCGCAGCUGACGAAGUUAAGUAAGGGGAAUACCCUAAUCCCACCAGCACCUCACGAGAUGUUAAAUUCAGAGUUCGUGCACAGCAUGGAAACGAGCAAGUGUCCUUUGUGCCACAAUAAACGGAUAAACGAUACAGCUCUUUCCGUUUCAGGAUACGUCUUUUGCUAUUCAUGCAUCAGCGAUUAUGUUAAGAAGUAUAAGAGAUGUCCUAUUACCAACAAUCCGACAACUGUGGCAGAUCUUAUUCGUCUGUACACACAAUAA